AUGGAUUUUGCUUUUGAAUUUUCCUUUUCAGAGAUGACUAUUGUCUUCUUUACAGUGGCAUCUAUUUUAAUUUCUGUACAGAUUUUAAUUACUAGACUAACAAGAAAACAUCCACUUCCCCCAGGACCUUGGUCACUGCCAAUUGUGGGGAAUCUUCUGCAGCUGGAGGAGUAUCCUUAUGUUUCAUUUGACCGCAUGAGGAAAAAAUAUGGAGAUGUGUUUCAGAUAAAGCUGGGAAUGGUACCUGUUGUGGUAGUAAAUGGCUUUGAUGCUGUGAAAAAGGUGCUGUUGAGAGAUGGGGAAAGUUUUGCUGGCCGACCCAACAUGCAUACCUUUUCUUUCUUUGCCAAUGGAGAAAGCAUGUCAUUUUCAGUGCAGUAUGAUGAGCAAUGGAAGCUUCAGAAGAAAAUUGCCAGCAAAGCUUUAAGAUCCCUUGCCAAAUCGGAAGCCAACUCCCCAACUUUCUCUUGCCUUCUUGAAGAACAUGUCUGUGCUGAAGCUUCAGAACUGGUGAAAACCUUUGUGGCGCUUUCAGCAAAGGAUGACUGCUUUGACUCCUCUGUUGUGGUAACCUCUGCUGUGGCUAAUGUGGUCUGUGCCCUCUGCUUUGGCAAGAGAUACAACCACACCGACAAAGAGUUUAUAAGUAUCAUUAAGCUAAAUCAGGAUUUUCAAAAAGCAUCAAGUGUGUUCAACCCAGCUGAUUUUAUACCCUGUCUUCGAUACCUUCCACUCCCCAAUUCAAAAGCGGCUCGUGAAUUUUAUGGGAACUUCAAUAAAUUUGUCACCCAAUGUGUGAAAGAUCACUAUGCCACAUAUGAUGAGAACCAUCUCCGAGACGUCACUGAUGCUCUGUUAAGUGUAAGCAACGGGAAAAACCCUGAUAGGAGAGCUGCAGUCUUAUCUAGAGAUAAAAUAAUAACUACUGUUAAUGAUAUCUUUGGAGCUGGCUUUGGUACUGUGUCAGGAUGUUUGCAGUGGAUAUUCCUGUACCUGAUAAAAUACCCCAAAAUUCAAGCAAAAAUUCAAGAAGAAAUUGAUGGAAAGAUUGGACUGAAACCACCAAAGUUUGAUGAUAGAAAAUAUUUUUAUUACACGGAAGCAUUCAUCAAUGAAAUGCUUAGACACACCUCCUUUAUACCAUUCACUAUUCCUCACCGCGCUACCAAAGACACAACUCUCAAUGGGUUCUGCAUUCCUCAAAACACAUGUAUCUUUGUGAAUAUGUAUCAAGUAAAUCAUGAUGAAACCUUAUGGGUGGACCCUUAUUUGUUUAAACCAGAGAGAUUUUUGAAUGAAAAUGGAGAACUCAACAAAAGCUUGGUCGAGAAGGUUAUGGCCUUUGGAAUGGGGAUACGAAAAUGCUUGGGAGAAGAAGUAGCCCGCAAUGAGGUUUUUGUUAUCCUCACCACCAUCUUGCAACACCUGAGGCUAGAGAAGCCUGCUGAAGAUCAGUUAGAUCUAACUCCAGUAUAUGGGCUAUCUAUGUCACCUAAACCAUACCGACUUCGGGUAGUGCUGCGCACUUGA